AUGGACACCGAAUGCCGUUUCUGGCUGUUUUGGAUUUCACCAGACCUAACAACUCAUGAAGAGCAACAAGUACACCUACAAACAGUCAAAGCUGCACUGAUUACUCACUGGCAGUGUUGCAGCAAUGAGUAUAUAUGGUACGAUGCAGCAGGACCAACGCUUAUGCUGCGUGAGGCGCCCGCGCAUAUAUACGGGCGAAUAUACUGCGGAGAAGCAGUGGAGGAUGAGUGGUAUAUGGUUGCAGUUCUGCGUGAAAUAUCACAGACAUUUCCGGCUCUCUAUAUAAGAGUUACUGAUGGUGAUGGUGAAUUUUUACUAAUUGAGGGCGCAAAGGCGCUUCCGCGCUGGUUGGACACAGGGAGUUCAGGAUAUCGGGUGAGAAAUGUGUGGGGAAUACUUAGAAGAAGUACAGAAUAUAUGUCCAUAGACAAAAAGCGGUUGGAAGAAAUACUUGAUAAAAGUGCAAAGCAUCAAACAAAGGUAUGGAUCAAUCAGGGCCAACUAAAAAUUAUUCCUGCUAAAGAGCUGGCUGAAGGGCGGUCUAGAGCGGAGAUCCGGGGUUUAAAGCUUGAUGAGGCACUGUUUUUCCUUCGAAAUACAUCGGAGGAUUUGUUAUACGAUCAGAAACUUGAAAAGUGUGCGUUUUGGAGGAUUGAAGGGUACGUUGUGAUUAAAAGAGCACUUCCAAGUGCAUUCAGUGCUUUUGAGUGUAGGGAUAGGCUAAUGGAUCUUUGGUAUAGAUACCAAGAAAAAAUGAAAAAAAGUCUACAUAGGACACGAGUAAUCGUUCCCCGGCCAGUUGCCCACUUGCUACAUGUAGCACCAAACCUUAUAGCAGCAGCAACACAGGAAUUUUAUACACGAGACCCGGUUUCACUUAAAGCAUGUGAGAAAAUGAAUAUGUUUUUCCCGAAAGACAUGGUUUCAGUUGUGGUUAGAACAACAAAGACCCUACAUGCACAAUUGAAAGGCCAAAUGUUCCACAAACAUCCUUUAUUUAACCUGCCAAUGCCUGGAUCUUUAAAUUAUGAGGAAGCGAUAAUGGGUAUGAAGAUCACCUGUGGAUUUGAGAUGUUGUGUGCAAAAGGGUCUCCAAAACACCCUGUGUAUGAUAUAGAGAAGGAUCCAAAUUGGACAUCUUUUCUCAAGAAAUUGGAACUAAGUGGGUAUUUUGAGGAUGAAAAAGAGGGAUCUGCAAAGUACAGAUUGUUGAAAGAUCAUGCAAUUGAGUGUUUUUUAAAAUCAAAACCAUCAGAAUCUAUUGUUGAAACGAUAAACGAUCCUUUAUCACAGAUAUCAGAUAUUCUAAAACAGGUACUUCCAAGUGAUGAAGAUAUUUCCAAAUGGCCAGAUAGAUGUGAUAAUGAUGACUUUUUGAACGUUAGCCCUGAUGAAUUGGAUGAAUUAAUGCGUUCGAGGACAGCAUUUUUUUCAGACAAAGAUGUAGCGAAAAAGAUACAAGAACCUUUAUCUGACAAUACACUUGAAUCAGUAGUAAAAAAGUUCGAAAGCUUUGUGAGUAAUGAAGAGGCAGGUCCAGAUGGAGUUGAUCCUGAAAGCGAUUUCUUUAGUGAUACAGCUACUAAUAGUGAUAUAAGCUUUAAUGAAGAAGAGUUUAUAAGGCUUAUGAAAGAGACGCUAGAUAUAUCCAAUGAACAUUUGAUAGAUGUCAAAAAUCAUCCAACAUCAGAGAAACUAGCGUCAAAUCACAAAACGCUAAGUGACUCGAUACCAAAUGAACCUGUUAUUCGAGAUUUUAUGGAUGCCAUGGACGCAGAAUUAUCGUCUACAACUCUUAAAGAUUCCUUUUCAAAAUUUUCGACUGAUACACCUUGUUCUGUGGAAGAAAACGAAAAUGCGAAUAUACAAUAUAAUCUUCUUAAAAACCUCUAUGAGAGUGCUCAUGGACAACAUGGCACCCCUGGUCCGGCCGAUACUUUACUUAAAAGUAUGCAUCUUUCUUUACCAUCUGAUCCAUCAAUAUCUCAUUCAUCAUAA